AUGGCGCUUUGGGGCGAUGCGAUUGCCCAGCUUGGGCAGCUGCUGGAUUCACGGUUCACGCCCUUGAACGCGAAGCUCGACACCACUAUCCGUGAUGUGAAGGCACUGGACGAGAAGCUUGACUCCAGCGUCGCUGAGAUGCACAUGGAGCAGGCAAGCUUGAGGCAGGCCCUCUCGGACCUCCAGGCGCAGGUGCACAACUCUUCCGAGAUCGGCAGCACCCCCUGCGACGACGACAUGGCUCCUGGAGAUGCUUGGUCUCGUGCAUCAUCGUCUCUCGUCACUUCUGCGCAGCUGGAGGCCCGUCUGGUGAAGACGGAGCAAGCCAUUGCAGAGACGGUCACGGCUUCCCUUUCGACAACACCCUCCUCGGCUGGCUCGGAUCCGUGGAGCUCGUUCGAACGCUCGUCGGGGGCCAAGAGGUCGCACGAGGGCGCGCCUGUCCGCCAUCGUCAGUUUGCUGUGCCGCCUUCGCUGCUGCCUCCCACACCAGUGACGGGGACUGGGGACAGGUGCGAAGUCUGGAUCAGAGGCUUCCCUCGGAAACUCUUGUCGAGGGUCUUUCAUCACCACUUCGCGCAGGUGACAGCGGCUGCGGACUUGUUGCUUGACGACGCUACGGCCCAGUGUCAGAGUUACAAUUACUGCUACAACAUUCGGUUUCCGUCUGAGGAUGCUGCUCGCGCCUUCUUCUCGUGGGGAAAGGAGUCCUCGUCCUCGGCUGUGCUGUCUUGGUGGGGCCCAACGAAGCUCGAGGAUGUCACGCUGAGGUGGGGCUACGACCAGGCGCUUCACAUUCGUCGCAACAGUUUUGCCCUCGGCAAGUGCUGGGAAGAGAUGAAGAAGCUGUUCGUGGAUAGUAAGGUGCCGAGGGAGUCGUACACGCUCGGAUCCAACCCGCACGCUGGCUUCCUGCACCUGAC